UGAAUAGAAGUGCAUUCAAUCGCGCAUUCCUCAGUUGCAGUACGCAGUUGCGGAUGUGUCUCAUUUGCCAGUUAACUUUGUGUUAACUACACUGAGGUGGAGCUUAAGGAUGAUUUCUGCAGCUUUGCGUUUGGCGGAGGGGUGUGACGAGGACAGCAGGGAAGUGCUUUUGUGUCUAGACGCUUUGCAGGAUAUGAGCUUGCAUGUCCUCGGCUGCUGUAGAUUUCUAGGAUCCUUCUGAUGAGGCUAUUUUCGACGUCAAUCGUUUUCUGUGACAAGCUAAAUAGAAGUAUAACAGGUCGUUGAGUAUCACUCAUCAUCCCACAUUUGUAAAGCUGAUUAUGUGACAGUUACGGCGAAGAUGCGGUGUUUGCUUGUGAUCUCGACAUUGGUCCCGCCAGAUGGCGUCACUGCUAUGUCCAUGCUCGGUCGUUUGCAAGGACAGUCUCGACAUUCCAAGCAAGACCCACUCGCGCUCGGUUCAAGUGAAAUCGUGCUCAGUGCUUUUGCUGGUGCAGACAAUCCUGGACUAGGAGUAGAAUAUCCACCAAGUCUAAGUAGCAAUUAUCAGGGUGCCACCACACCUACAACAAUUACUAGCCCUUCCGCGUCGCCCAAAACGUUGAUGGGGGCAAGUACAAGUAGUGGGAAGCAACUGGAUUUACUGGACUCGACGUCCGAGAUAGGUCUAUCUGGUGGACAAGAUGCACAAAAUGACGGACACGGACAUCAUCAAGUUUCGCUGAUCGAGCGUCUGGAAAGCCUUCUUAGCGGCGCUCCCAUCAACGUGACGCACUCGCCAGGAUUGGGAAGUAAUAUGUUCAUGAGUGUGCCUCUGCUUGUCGCUUCGGUCGUCCUGGUGCUUAUGAUCGUCGGAAUCAUGUUCUACAAUUCAAUGUAUGUCUUCUGAACCUACUGUUGGUGUAAUAUAGUUGUAUAUCCACUAUAAAGUAAGGUGUAGUCUGAAACUGCUCUCCUUUUUCCAAGAAGCGUUACCUAGACGCGCAUUCCUUGUAAGUGUAUGCAGCUGUCGAAGACUGUACUACUAGACCACUGUACUACUAGAGUAUGUCGAUUACUCAAUAACGCAAGGCGUGUUUUUUUCAAAACGUGUGCGUCACAGUGUUGACAGAGUGAGCAUUUUUGUUCGAAAGUGAACUACAGAUUAGCUUGAUAAUUUUUUGCAUGAUGCGGCAGCACUAGCAUGUCGCUUUCAUCCAUAUCUUCUUGUAUAGAGUUGUUGAUUUGCUGAGCUAAAAAAAGAGAUUGAGGAAAGCGUAAUAAAAGUGGACGCUCUCGUCAUGGUGUGUACUACUUUUCAGUGGGGGCGAACGCAUCAUUACAAAAUAGCAGAACAAGAUUUUUUAUAUGGAUUGCGGCGCAUCUGCACCUGCAGGUAUGCUAUCAGGAAAAUCAAAAUCUUUCCACCUUGGGUAGUAGAUGAUACUACCAGCAUUGCUGUUUCUCAAAUAAUUCACUGCAGAGUGGCUUUCGAUUUAUUCAGAUUGUUGUGUAGACCAAGUUACCUUCCUUUGACUCCUAAGACAUACCUCUGCAGAAGUUUGAAAAUUCUAAAAAAAUUGUGGCCGGCGAUGGUCGAUACUUAAAC